AUGAGUGAAGGUCGUGAAGACAACAGUCCUGUCAUGGAAACCCCUGCUAAUGGAGAAGUGAAUGAGGUGGGUGAGGCAGUGAGCGAGGUUGGAGAGGAGAAAUCUUUUCGGCCUGCUGCUGCUUCUUCCAUCCUUGCCAGUACUACUCCUGCUCUUGCGGAUUUUCCCCGACGCACAUUGUCUUCGAGGCUACCAAGGCCCCGGAAAGUGUCACCCAUUACCCCACAUCCAAUCACCAUUGGUUCCUUAGGACCCUCUGUUUCUGGGGAAAUCUUGCCAUCAGCAAGAAUCCCCAAGGCCCUUUCUCCCAGGGGGCCCCCCACUGUUCCCAAAAGAGCCCAGGCAGCUGGUGUUGCAGUCGGCCCAAUAGACCCGCCUGAUUCUCCCGUCAUUAGAACUCCGAGGAGACCUAAUUUUGGAACGUCUGAUCAUGCCUCACCUACAACAGCAUCUCUUGCGAAAAGGGCUUCGGUACCCUCUCUGAAUAAAAAGCCAUCAGCCCCGUCACUAUCAAGAAAAGCUUCCUCGUCCCAGCUGCAAAACUCUACUGUUUUGACGCCUCCUGGAAGGAGAAUAUCGGAUAUCAAUGGAAAUGUAGCGCCGCGGUUGGCUAAGAAGCCCUCGGAUUCCCAAUUCACUAUAUCAAAACGACCUUCUAAUUCGCAGUUAUCUAAAAAGCCAUCAGCAACUCCGCUGAACAGCCCAACGGCUGUUGCCUCGCCAAGCCCUACGCCGUUCCGACGUGCGACAUCGACACAUCUGCCAUCUCAGCAACCCCCUUCGGCAGCUAAAAUUCCCAACCGUCCGUCGUUGACUCAACUCCGUCAGGCUUCGGCUGGGAGUAACGGAGCCUCCGCUCCACGGCCACAGAAGAACCAAAAGCCAGCCGCACUAAAUGCACCUAGCUCGGAAUCCCUUCCUCCGAAGAAAGCCCCUAGAGCAGCAUCCCAAUCUCUCCGGGAUACAAUUGCUAAAGCUCGGGCUGCUCAUCGUGCGAUGCCAACCGCAGCAAAUCUUCCAUCCUCUCUCGUCGGUGCUGUGACAACUGAAGCUGCCAAUAACGACUUAAACGGGUUCAAUUUUUCAAGCGAAGAUCCCUUCAGCCGGACAAUAUUUGGUGAGGGUGGGUCUACUAAGGUCCUAAAACAACGGAUAAAGACAGCUAGGGUUGAAGGCCGUCUCAAUAUUUCAAAUCUUCAACUGGGCGAGAUCCCGAGUGAUGUCUAUAAAAUGUAUGAGACUACGGAGGAGGAUUUGGCGUCCAAUGAAACCAACGAUGGCCCAAAGUGGUACGAAAGCGUGGAUUUAGUCCGAUUUGUGGGUGCGGACAACGAGGUUGAGGCAAUAAGUGAGGAUUUGGUGAAGCAAUUUGGAGGAUUAGCUAGUAUUGAUAUGCACAACAAUCUGCUGACGGCAUUGCCUCAUAACUUUGGAGAAUUAACCGAACUAACGGUUCUAAAUUUGACCAAUAACAAGCUGGGUAAUGGCGCCCUUGGUGUUAUUUGCCAAAUCUCUAGUUUGGUGGAUCUUAAGCUCGCCAAAAACGGUCUUGAAGGAGAGCUUGAUCCAUCUAUCUCUAGGCUUACAAGCCUUGAGAUCCUGGAGUUGCAGGAGAAUAGACUUGAGUCAUUACCUUCUUCGCUUGGGCAGCUGUCGAAACUCCAUAUUCUCAAUAUUUCACACAAUAUCAUUCAGUCAAUUCCUUUUGUGUCCCUCCUCGGUUGCCAAUUGCACGAGUUGACCGCCUCAAACAACAAGUUAAGGGGAACUUUAUUUCCCCAUGGGGUUACUCGCCUCGACUCCUUGCACCUUCUAGAUAUCCGAAAUAACCAUAUCUCCAACUUCAGUGAGGAUGUUGUUGUUCUCCCUUCUCUUCAACAACUUUUCGCCACCAAUAAUGGUCUCUUAUCAUUCCCUUCAGUUGUAGGAUGGGAGGAGUUGCUGGUCUUUCUUGUUGAUUCCAACCGCCUUGACGCACUGCCAGACGGUUUAGUGGGUCUGCACCGAGUCAGGACUAUUGAUGUUUCUGCGAAUGCCAUCAAGACAUUGGAUGCAAGAGUUGGAAUUAUGGAGGGGCUGGAGGUGCUAAAAUUUGAUGGAAAUCCGUUGAGAGAGAGGCAGCUUUUGGGGAUGAGCAUCGCCGAUUUGAAGCGAACUCUCAAAGGACGUUUAGCUCCACCCGAGAUUGUCAUAGCAGAAGUAGAUGACGAUGAUCUGACAGGUGUCGACGGUUCAUUCGAUAGCAGGCCCCAGGCUAUUUCUGAAAACUCGAAAAUCUUGGAAGUUGGGAGGGGCGGCGCGCUAGACCUUGCUUCUAAGAACUAUGAAGACAUCCCUAAGGAGUUGAUGGACACUGUCAGAGGAACUCCGAGUAGUGUUUCUCUGCUCCAUAACAGGCUCACCGCAUUCCCAUCGAGCCUAGAGAUAUUCGCGCUUGGGUUGACAAGUCUCAACAUUGGUCAAAACAAGCUUUCUGGAAAUUCAUAUUUCCCAAAUAAAAUGUCUUUGACAUCGCUUACCACCCUCAUCAUCCAAGCCAAUAACAUCGCUUCUCUACAACCAUUAAUAGAGAACUUGGAUGCACCAAAACUCGAUACAUUGGAUGUUUCGGCUAACCGUCUCACUUCUAUCGAAGGGAUCAGGCCAACUUUCCCGCACCUAAUUGCCUUUUAUGCGAGAGAUAAUCAGAUCACCGAGAUUCCAGUGGAUUCUAUCGAUGGGAUAAAGAUUCUUGACCUCAGUAGCAAUGCAAUCACUAGCUUGCCGCCUAAGUUGGGAACACUAAGCAGCAUUCGGGAGUUGAGGGUUGGUGGCAAUCUGUUUAAGGUUCCGCGUUGGCAAGUUUUGGAGAAGGGGACGGAAAGUGUGAUGGAAUGGCUUCGGGGAAGAUUACCUGUUUAUGAUUAG